GAAGUAUUUUCAUUUAUUAUGUUCAGCAAAGAAUAAAUUUCUUUUUCUCACUGUUAAAUGUUUGAUUAAAACGAGAUAUUAGAAAUACAGAGACGGAUUGUUGUUUCCUCUUAAAUUGCCGUUUUGGACUUUCUGUUGUAAAUUUUACUAACGGUAUGUUGUUCCUGAGUUGUAAAUAAAACGACCAACUCAGUAAAUAUCCCUUAUAAAAUGGUAAUUUUAUGCAAAUCAAGUAUAAGGAAAAGCUGCUUUGUGGUCAUUAUAAAGCGCUAAAAUAAAUUUCAUAUAAUCUGUUUUUUACUGAGUCAAAGGUUUCAGAUUGCAUGCCUAACUUUCUUAAAUAUUCUGACUUCUCGAAAAAAAAUUUGGAGGCUGUAAAAGUACGGAAGAUUUACCGAUAGUUGUUAUCCAAUCCAGUAAUUUCCACUUACCACGGUUACCUGAUUUUCCUGAUUCACCUUCUCAACCAAUCUAAAUGUCACGCCAUAUCGCUCGCGUCACACUAAAUUAGCUGUUGCUUCUAUUUUUGUUUCUGUUAUUACUUGUAAUAUAAAUACUUCAAUUUUGUAACUUUACUUUUUAGUAUGAGCCAAUUGAUGCUUUGCUACUAUGGGUAGUUUUAAUGUCUUCCCUGAGGGAUCAAAAACAGGUCUUUGUGCGGUCAACCUAGGUAUUAUUAAUUUUGUAUUCUUAAACAUUACUUGCAAUUCCAUCAAAUAGAUUCUUUCACUUGCUCCGUUUGUCACCCUCUUUUGUAGUUUGUUUUCGUUUGAAGUUCAGUCUUUAGUUAACAAAUUGAACUUGGCCUGCUUUCGUUGUUAUUUAGUGGAUUCGAUUAUGACAUGGUAACCUGUGACGCUUAUUUGACAAUAUAGCAUCGAGGCUAAUUAUGAUAACAGCAAUGCCUUCGCCAAACAUUCUCCCGACGCUUUGUGUUUGCAAAAAUGCCGGAUACAUUUCAAUCUUUGCCAAUUCUAUACUUUACUUCUAUCUUCUUUGAAAUAUUGAUUGUUGCCAUUUUCUGAUAAAGGAGAAAAAAAUUUCACUUCGAUCAUGAUGGAGAAAAACAAUUUCCUACUUGCCUUGGUAGUCUUUAUAUCUUUUUCCACUGCCGAGAGAAUCGAUUCUUCACUGACUUUUUACCCUCCUAAUGACAUUGAUCUUGACAUUCAAAACAUAGAAUAUGAUGGAGCUGAUGCGCUUUAUAUCGGCGCCACUAACUAUGUCAUACAAAUGGAUGUAUUCAAUUUACAGCCUCGAUUUUCCUUUAAAAUGGGGCCGCAAAACGAUGAACCAAAUUGUGAUCCCUUAAAUGAAAAAUGUUUCCAAGACAAUUCAAAUAUUUUUCUGAUGUUGGACUCCACAAAUCAACAGCUUAUUGCGUGUGGAAAUGUCGGCCAGGGAACUUGUUACUCGCUUAAAAGUACAAACAUAUCGACACUUAUUAAAAAAUCCGACCCGGAAAACAUUGAACACUUGGAUCGGAAGUUACCCGAUAAGAGGUGUAAAGGUAUCCCAUACCCGAACGAUCAAGGAGCCAACUUGUUUGUGGUUGCUUGCGAUGCGCCUUCAGUUGGCUCAGUGUCAACUCAUAUGAACUUUUUAUUUAGUGUUCGAGAUCUGAGUCCUUAUUCUGAAUUAUUUUCCUUAACAUUCCAGGACAACAUUAAGCAAAGAUGGUCGUUUUUUAAACCAGUUGACAUGGACGAAAAACAAAUAAAAGUAGUGAGCGUUUUCACUGCAGGCUCUUUUGUGUACAUAGUUGAAACAGGGUUUCUUAAGUUGGAUAACAGUCGCGAUGUCCAAACAACGAGACUCGGGAGGUAUAGUAGACGUGAUUCAGAGUUGCUCUUCACUUACACCGAGAUCCCUCUAACAUGCAAAGACUCCUCAGGCGUCGAGUACCCUGUCGCUUCAGCUGUUAAUUUAUUUCGUGAACCUCCUUCGGGACUGAAAAGUCACUUAGGAACUCCAGUAUCUGGCAGGUCCGAAGUUGUUUUGGGUGUCUUUCGCAAGUCUUCAACUAAAGGAACGGCAGCUGUAGGUUAUGAGAGUUCGAUAGUGUGUGGUUUCUCAAUCGAUGAGAUUGACCAGAUGUUUAAAAAAGUUAUCCAGAAUUGCUUCAAUGGAAUUGGACAACAAGGUAUGGGAUCAGGGCUAUUAUCAAGUUGCGAGAAGUUCUGGAGAGAAGGAUUGACUGAUGAAAAGAUGCUGGUCAAACCGUAUGAGGACGCCAAGACCUCAAAUCUGCCAAUGUUCAGCAGUUAUCCAGACAAAGUGAUGGGGAAAGCGCCCGGAGAUUUAGUGACUGGCCGUGAAAUUAUGGUUUACAGAGAUGAACUGCUUACGGGCAUUGCUGCCAUGAAAGUGGGGGAUUUUGCAAACAUUCUGCUCACGACUGGACAAGGAAAAUUGAAGAAAGUAUCAUUUAAGCAACAAAACGAAGCUCCGAACCAGUAUUACGAAGCUACCAUAUUUCCAGGACAGAGUCCCGCAAUCCAAUCGAGCGUCGUUUUCAAUCCAGAAAAGAAUUUUGCUGUUUUCUUCACCCGAAAUCAGCUGGCGAAGAUGCCGAUCCACGACUGCCUAUCCCACUCCACAUGUGGCUCCUGCGUGUCCUCUGGAGGUCCAUACUGUGGCUGGUGCACUCUGCAGAACAAGUGCACUGACCAGAGGGACUGUGAGUCUCUAAGGAGGGGUGAUGAGAAUGCGUGGAUCAGAUAUGAAGACAAGUGCAUUGCGAUUAAAGAGGUCACUCCCCAGAUGGUGUCCAUGCACUACACUGAACCAACUGACCAUCGGACGAUCAGCCUCACUGUGACUAAACUGCCCCGUCCCGAGGGCGAGGAGCGAGGCAUGAUCUACUUUUGCACGUUCGGAGGGGGCGAGGACUUCGGAGGUAGAGACCGGACCAGGUUCAAUCUGGAGUUGGGGUCCAGCGAGAGGGGGUCAUGUAGUGUGCCGAUGGCAUCCAACUUUUUGAAAGAGGAACCAUCAGGACAAGCCUUCAUAACAGUGACUUUGAGCAUAGUGACGGAGAUAGGGGGCCAGUUUCUCAACUUAACUUCCAAACAGAUCCAGUUCUACGACUGUGCUGCACUCUCUAACUGUAUCGAGUGCACGUCCAGUCGAUUCGAGUGUGACUGGUGUUUGUCUUCUGGAAAGUGUAUCAACUCACAACUAGCAGGAGAUUUGUCUGUCAUGACAGACUCUUGUGUAGUCAAUCAGCGCAUCAUAGGAGCGCACAACAAGUCUCUCUCUUUUCUACACCAGCAUUACACUGUGACACAGAGCUCGACAGCCGAGGCCGAGGACGUGAAAAAAGGUGAGCAGUUUUGCCCCCAAGUGAGGUACCCUACGAAGACCCCGGAGCUGCUUUCUUUCCACGUGGGACUGCCUCAGACGUCGUUCGUGUUGGCCUUCGAAAAUAUACCCAAUUUGUAUGGCCCGGGAGGUGACAGCAAUCUAGUCUGCGUGGUCGAACAGCAAAUAGCGAACGACCCCACAAGCGACAAAGGAUCAACUAGCAGCCCAAUUACUCGGGGACGAAACACAGGCAAUAAAUAUGUGCAGAAAAUUAAAGCAUUUCCCAAUGAUGCCAUUCCGGAUAGAGUAACAUGUAUGGCGCAGAAUGGACUGUCCAUAAUUGGAGGCCAUAGUAACGUGAAUGCAACAGUGACGUUGCAAUGGGGGUUGAGUGAGUUGAUUGCAGACAAUCCGCAGCAUUUUACAAUUGAGCUUUACAACUGUAGCAAACUAGCUGGAAAUUGUGGCGAGUGUCUGUCUUAUAUCGACCCAAACUUCCAAUGCGGAUUUUGUCAGGCCCCUAAAGCUGGAUUCUGUACCAUCCAACAGCAGUGCGACCACACAUUCAUAACCAACAAGAUCGAUAACGUCUGCAUGAAUCCAAAAAUAUACACUUUUUACCCCCAGAGCGGACCCCAAACAGGAAAUACGAUGAUAAAUAUUACGGGUGAAAAUUUGGGCAGAAGCAUAGAGAACAUCGCACGUGUGUAUAUCAAGACCGCGUCUGAACAGAUUCCGUGUCACGUCGAAGUAAGUUUGUACAUGCCUGCAAAGAGCAUAGUUUGUAGGACUUCGCGAAUUGCGAAAGAUGCCGAAGGCUCAAUUGUGGUUGGAAUCACCCACGGAAGCUCGUUUGAAAUUGAAUCAGAUGUUAAAUUUCGGUUCCGGUCACCUAAGAUUUUGGACUUCAACCCGCAGUUUGGACCCUACGACGGUGGAACGCACGUGAUUGUCAAUGGCACAGAUUUAGACGCGGGCUCUAAGAUGCUAGUGACUAUUGCGGGAUACCCUUGUAAUGUUAUUGAAAGGUGGUCUAAAUGGUUCAUGUGCGUUACUGGUGCUGCAAAAACAACCAGUGACAGCGGCAGGAUUCGAAUUACUAUCGACGAGCACUACGACGAAAAGUCGAGAGCCAAUUUUCAGUACAAACCGAACCCGAUCAUUUCCAAAAUUAAACCAGACUCAACCAUCGAAGCCGGAGGAAUUCUGGUCGAAGUUAGUGGAAAGAACUUAGAUGUUGUGCAGUUUCCAAAGAUUCAAAUUCUGCCUCCGAAUGGUGGAUCUUCAACAUUAGUAUAUUCAGGCGCAACAGGAUCUUGUAAGACUAAUUCGAGCAGAGAGAUGACGUGUGAAAUGCCAGAAAUUUCUAGAACUUUCUACGAAUACCAGAACCUCUACAAAAGAAGCUCAAGAGAUGCAUUUUUGUUCAAAUCGAAUGUAGGCUUCAUCAUGGAUGGAGUUAAAACUGCUGGUCUUGGAUACUUCCCGGUGAAUGUCUACCGCAAUCCUCACUUCUCAAGCAAGAACUCAACUCCAGAAGGAGUUUUGAUCCUCGAAUCGCGAUACGAAAUUCCAAAGUUCGUGUAUGACGCGUCAAACAUUACAGUGAACGACAAAAGCUGCCGAAAACGUAUGUUCGACAGUGACAGACAAAUUAGAUGCGACAUGGAUCCGGAGCUCAUUGGCAAAUCGGUCACGGUUAGAAUCCGGGUGGGAACAUCUUUCAACGAAACUUUUGAAAUUAGUGGAGUUGUUGACCCGCCUCUGAUCAGAAUUGGCUUUAUUGAGAUCAAGAAGGACGAUCUGCUGUCUAUUUUGUUCGUGACUGUCUUCGUAGCCAUGGUCCUCUUUAUUGUGACCAUAUUCCUCAUCGUAUGUUCAUGUGCCUACUGCAGACGCCAGAAAGUUACUUACACAAAGGAGCGAAAAAGACUGUUCCACCAAAUGACCAAACUGCAAGAGCAGUUUUCGAAUGACAACUCACGCCUCCUGGGAUCGAGACCAGAGUACGAAGAGAGCAACAUCACCCAACAGAACAUAGCACCAGUGAACGGCUUCAGAAGAUACGUGGAGAAAAUUCUCUUCCGGGAUGCAGAGUCAAACACACUAUCUCCUUUUAGUGCUUACGAUUUCAUGAAUGAGGGCUACUCGCCAAUGAGUCAAAUGCACCCUGGAUCUGAAGCCAGCACAGCUUUAGUGGACAACAUAGAAAUGUGGUUGAAAGACAGGGCCUUUUUGAUUUCAAUCAUGGAUGUCUUGGAGACUAGUUCGCAAUGUUCGCCCCAGAAUCGAAGUCAGUUUGUGACUCUUCUGAUGGUGGCGUUUAUGUCGCAGUUGAAGUACAUCACUGAAGUGAUGGCGGAGAUGGUCAGGAUACUGGUGAAUGACGCGUAUAGGUUCAAAAGAAGUCCCGCACUCUUGUUCAGAAGAGCGGAGAGUAUGGCUGAGAAAUUGGUGUUCAAUUGGCUAGUGUUCACCAUGUACAGUGAGAUUAAAGGAGAGAACAUCUCCAGAGCACUCUACGACCUCUACUCUGUGGUGAAGACAAUAACAGAGAAGGGUCCAGUCGAUCAGGUCACUGGCAGGUGUUUCUUCACUCUAAAUCUGGACAAUGUGCUGGCAAAAUCACUGGAGUAUUCGGACGAGAAGAUGUGUGUGAAGUAUGUGUGGAAUAGCAGCACGUUUCAACUGGAGGUUCCAGUCUAUGACAGUAUCCAUCAGCUAAAGGAGAAGAUACUGGAUGCGGUGUUCCGGAAUGUGCCGUACUCCCACCCCAACAGACCCAAGGCACACCACUACGUACUAGUUGUGCAGUCCUUGGUGACUCACCAGGAGGAAGUGAAGGAAGAGAUGACGGAUGCAACGAUUAGAGGAGUUACGAGGGUGAAAAAACUCCUCACUGUUAAAGACUCGCUGCCCCGUGACGACUUCUACGUUUAUUUGAGACCCAGGAUGUACCACGAGACGACAACAUUCAACACAGGCAGUCUCAAUGGCAGUCCCAAUGUGGGGGGUGGAGUUAAUGGAACUAUGGACCCCCAGUUCAGACAACCAGCCACUCCCCUGUUGAGAAUGAAGGAGGCCUGGACAACCCUUCGAUACCCAAAACCAGGUGCUUACGGUGAAAUCAUGAUGACCAAUGGCAAUGCGACUAACAACGGGUUCAACAAUAUGUACACAGACACACAAGACAGGCCAGACCUAAUACACCUGGAAGACGAUGCUAAUAUUGGACUGUUAUACCCUGGCGAUCUAGACAGAGAGAAUGGGGGUCGGUUCGGAAGAAGUGGCAGCAGUAAGAAGCAGUUGAAGACGCAGGAGAAGCAACAGGCACAGGUGCUGAAGGGACUUUCUCAAUCGGCAGAUCUGAAUCGCAUUGUGUAUGCUAUGGAGAGUACAAGAGGAGCGAUCGACAAGUUCUUUAAAGAGAUUCUCUACUAUGAGCAGGAGUCCAUGGUGGCAUUUCCCAUCCGCUACCUCUUCAAGAUAUUCAAACAGUGUGCAGAGGAAAACAGGAACACGCACGAUGUGAAGCUGUGGAAGAGCAACUGUCUCAUUUCAGAGUUCUGGGUUAGGAUGAUCCAGAAGCCAGACAACUUGCUAGACGUCCGAAGUGUCUCUGCUGUCGAACACUCCUUGGAGGUUGUUGCGCAGACGUUAAUGGACACAGCUUCGUAUGAUAGGAGUAAAGUGAGGUCACCGCCGAAAUCAACCGAAGAAAAUGGCCGCUCACUGAAACAGACGAAUGUGUUUGAGAAAUACGUGCCUGAAUUCAACGAGUACUCUACGCAGUUCUUCAGGAAGUGCGAUGAUAGUCGAAUUCCUGUUUUGGAUUCCCACAUGGACGCUUUCUUGGAGGGUAUGAGAUUUGACAGUGCCAAUGAGCAGCAGCAGCAGCAGCACCACUGGGACCAAAUGAACCUACAACAACAGCAGCAGUUCAUGCAGGGAUCGCCAUCGUCACAACACUCCCACAUGCAAGCAUCCAACUUCUCGAACCAGUGGGAAAGCAGAUACAAAGUGAACGCACUCAAGAUCAUCUACGACAGAUUUCUACUGCCUAAUGCCCAAGAGAUUAUCGAGACUGUCAGACUGUUGGGACCGAAAGACACAGACGGAGGCAUCAGAGUAGACGACGAAGUGUUCAACAGUUUCAUAUCGCACUUCAGCCCAGAAAGCGGACACUCUUAUUCGUCUUCGAGGAGCUACUAGACCUGACCACACAUAAUAGACUCCGUCGCUCAAGAAACUUCUAGAAGAUCAGGAAAGUUCUAGAAGAAUCGAAGAUAAUACGAUACGCGCGGCGGAUUUCAAAAAGUGUCGGAGUACGUUAGAUAGAAUGAUGUGCUUGUGAAAUCGAAUAACUCGCAAUUUGCGCUUCCUUCAUUUUCGGUGCUACUACUGAACCUUAAAUUGUGAAUUAUUUCAUUGAGAAUUUUCAUAUAUACAGUCGUAAUGUUUGUCAAUAUAAUAGCCACAUCGAUAGCAAAUCACUCGUUAAAUCUAUCUUACCAGAAGAUAGAGAGUGAUGCAUUAUUUUUCUAGUUUUAUACAUUUAGUGGCUGUAAAAAGAUGACCCCGCCCUGUGUAUAGAUGGGCAACUAUUGCCUGCGUUUCUUAUUGGAUGAUGGUGAGUGAUAUUUAAAAUUAGCUUGUUUUGUUGGGUACUCUGAACUGGUGUAAGAUGCAAUCUUGAUUUUACUUCUUUAGUUUGUACAUAUUUUAUUUUCUUCUAUCUUUUUAGUCAAAAGUGAAGUUUCCAAAGUUA